UGGACUGGUCGCGCCUGGAGUGCGGCGGCCGGAGCCUCCCCGCGGCCCACAAUGCAGCGCGGCGGCUGAAGAUGGCGGAGCGUCACCGGGAGGAGCUGGACAAGGAGGCGGGCUGCGGCCCGUUGCUGCACACCGAGGAUGUCAAGACUCAAAGUCACUAUGGUCACAGCUACAAUGAUUCGUUGGCGCGGAAAAGCCACGUUGAUGACUACAGCACUUGGGACAUUGUCAAAGCCACACAGUAUGGUAUAUUUGACCGAUGUCGAGAGCUGGUGGAGGCAGGUUAUGAUGUACAACAGCCUGAUAAAGAAAAUGUAACACUUCUUCACUGGGCUGCUAUCAAUAACAGAAUUGAUCUGAGCAGAUACUAUAUUUCAAAGGGUGCAAUUGUGGAUCAGUUGGGAGGAGACCUGAACUCUACCCCUCUCCACUGGGCAACGAGGCAGGGCCACUUGUCCAUGGUUGUGCACCUUAUGAAGUAUGGGGCAGAGCCCUCCUUGAUUGAUGGAGAAGGUUGUAGCUGUAUCCACCUGGCUGCCCAGUUUGGGCAUACAUCUAUUGUCGCGUACCUGAUCGCAAAAGGGCAGGAUGUUGACAUGAUGGACCAGAACGGAAUGACGCCGUUGAUGUGGGCUGCUUACAGGACGCACAGUGUGGACCCUACUAGAUUGCUGCUCACAUUCAACGUCUCUGUGAAUCUUGGGGACAAGUACCACAAGAACUCGGCAUUGCACUGGGCAGUACUGGCUGGAAACACCACUGUGAUCAGUUUGCUGCUAGAAGCUGGUGCUAAUGUCGACUCUCAGAAUGCCAAGGGUGAAACGCCAUUAGAUCUUGCUAAACAGCGGAAAAAUGUUUGGAUGAUUAGUCACUUACAAGAAGCCAGGCAGGCAAAAGGCUUUGACAGCUCUUCAUUCCUCAAGAGGCUGAAAGCAGACAAGGAAUUUCGUCAGAAGGUGAUGUUGGGGACUCCGUUUUUGGUGAUUUGGUUGGUUGGAUUCAUAGCUGACCUGGACAUUGACUCCUGGCUACUAAAAGGGUUAAUGUACGGAGGAAUGUGGGCGUUUGUGCAGUUCCUUUCAAAAUCCUUCUUCGAUCACUCUAUGCACAGUGCACUUCCUCUUGGGAUCUAUCUGGCAACCAAAUUCUGGAUGUAUGCUACUUGGUUCUUCUGGCUGUGGACUGAUCUUCCAAUUCUGUCAGUCCACCUACCGUUCCUUGUUAACAGUGUGGGGCUCUUUUAUAACUUUGGUAAGUCGUGGAAAUCAGACCCAGGAGUAAUCAAAGCCACGGAAGAGCAGAAGAAAAAGACAAUCGUGGAACUGGCAGAAUCUGGCCAUCUGGAUCUUAGCAUCUUUUGCAGCACUUGCUUGAUCCAGAAACCUGUUCGUUCCAAACACUGCGCCGUUUGCAAUAGAUGCAUCGCCAAGUUCGACCACCACUGCCCGUGGGUUGGGAACUGCGUGGGAGCUGGAAAUCACCGAUACUUCAUUGGGUACCUGUUCUUCUUGUUGGGAAUGAUAAUCUGGAUGAUUUACGGCUGUUUAUUCUACUGGAGCAUCCACUGUGAAACCAACUACCCGAAGGACGGACUGUGGACGUAUCUAACGGAGAUUGCGAGCUGCUCCCCGUGGGUGUUCUGGAUGUUCCUGAACAGUCUCUUUCACUUCUUGUGGGUGGCUAUCUUACUCAUGUGUCAGAUGUAUCAGAUUGCUUGUCUUGGGAUAACUACAAACGAAAGGAUGAAUGCAAGACGUUACAAGCACUUUAAAGUUACAACAACCACUAUUGAGAGCCCUUUCAACCACGGUUGCAUUAGGAAUAUCAUAGACUUCUUUGAAUUUAGAUGUUUCGGUCUCUUUCGCCCUGUAAUGGUGGACUGGACGCAUCAGUACACAAUCGAGUAUGACCAGACCUCGGGUACUGGUUACCAGCUGGUGUAGUGGGAUCAGCGUCCACGGCGAAUCAUCUCCACAAUCAACCCCUCGGACUGGUGCCUGACAGACAUCCUUCCUAAUUCUUUCCCAAUAUCAGCAACCUAAAUAACGUCACUGCGAGGAACGGCCGCCCUGCGGUUCCUUUGCAAACAGGGACAGUCUUGCUGCCUGUUUCCACCAAGCCUGAACCCUCGCACCCCAGCACCUCAUCGCAAUCACAAUGUGGUACAAAGCAGAAGGCCGCAAGGAAACCGUUAUAUAGACAUAGAUCGAGACUGCUCUUUUGCCUGGAAUUGAUUUUUAACGUGUUGUGUUUGCCUCCGGUUUUGGAGCGGAAAGCGACACUGAGCUGCAAAGCUUGAAACCUUGAUUUGCCACCCAUCGGCUCCAGAUAUGGGAGUCCCAUGCUGUCCGGCAGUGCCGAGAGGACAAAGUUGCACCCUGCAUCGAUUGUAUUUGUUGAGUAUUGUUGUGUGGUGCUUUGAAUUUCGUGCAGGAAAAUCCGGAAAUCGGUGUUCACAAUCAUGUCCAGUGGUAAAAACCCAAGACCCCUCCUUUGUUUGAGGCAUUGAUUAUUUUAAGUACUUUAUUCUUUCCUGUUUUAAAUCAUGGUUUUAAAGAACGUCCGUCUCAGUGCAAAUUAAUCAGGUCGUUGAGUGGAAAUUUGCAAGCUCCCUCCCCGUCGCUCUCAAUUGGGAGAUGGUGAGUUUGGAGGUGGGCAGUGGGGUGGGGAGGAGAGGGGAGGUGUCACUCAUUUUCCAUCACCAGCAUUGCAUAUCCUGCAGAUCAGUUGCACAGGUGCUGAUGCGGUCACGGAUCUUUGUUCAUCGGUGUUCACCUGAACAGUGCAUGGUGGGCGAGUGCUGGGAGAUCUAAUGAAGGGAGAGGCACUUGAUUCUUCCAAUUAUAACAAGAAGUCCCAACUUGGAGCAUGAUAACGAUUUCUACAGCCACUUUAAGUUUCAGUUCACGAAUGACUGUCUACCACUCUCUGGAAACCAGCCACGUUUACAGACAGCUGUGAAUUCGCUGAGGUCACCGCGCCCCAAACUCUUGUGCAAAAUACUUUUAACCAACACAUCGGGCCAGUGUAAAGAUUAGUUGUAUCUGUACAUAAAUUAUUUAUCAACUAGUUUUACCAGUGUGUAUAUUUGUCAAUGUUAGUUUGGAGCUGCAAACUUGAUUUUCAACUCUGCCGAGAAUUUCAAAAAAAGUGUAGGAAUGUAGUUGAUUUGCUUCUGUUGCUGCGGCUGCUGCUAAUUCAUCGACCCACUGAACUCUGCAUGUCUGGUGCUUGGCAAGAAAAAGUUUAAAUAAAUUUAAAAAAACCACGGCUCUCAAGACCGUAGGACAUACGGCAUCACAUCAGCUUGCUGUGAAGUGUUCUCUCAGCUUCCUUCCUCCAGCAGGAAGAUCAGUGAAUUUGUAAAUAGUGGAUGUCCUGUGUUUGUAAAGUGCAAGACUUUUUGGUUGCUGUUUACUUUGUAGUGGAAACUACACCUAGUUUGUGUGCAUUGUACCUGAUAUCAAGAAUUGCAGUAUUGCAAUAUUAGUUAACGUGAAUUCUUACCAGCUUUUGGGCUGGGGGGA